AUGAAUGCUGUGCUUCUCUACAUCAUUGGAAAUACGUUUUAUGCAAACAUUAACAUUUCAAUUCCAGAUUCCUCUUUUUCAGAUGAAAAUGAUAUUAUUGAUCCGGCGUUAGUAUAUGAUAGAUUCCCAGUUGAUCUUGCUAACGCUUCCUCGAUAUUUAAUACAGUUCAUUCUGGAUUGAAACAAAAAGAUUCAAAUAUUCAUCCUGUUGGUGUGUCCUUUAUUCCUGCUUAUAUUCCACAAAAUACAAGGCUUUACCAUGCAAGAAGCGACAGAAAUAUUCCUGAUAUGUUUGAGUGGAUUGCCUUCAAUUAUGAAUUUAGUUAUUCAUUUAGUGGUUUCAAACGCCGGGUUGAGGAGCAGGAGUUUUCUCGGAAUGAUAGAGGCUUUCUUUUUACGUUCAGAACAAAGCGACCUCUCAACAAAGUUAUCUUCCUUGAUGGGGCCUCGGCGGCUAAAAGCGCACCCUUCAUGGAUCAGCAAAUGAUCCUAUCUAAACAAGAAAACAUAUCUGAGCCCGUUGAUGAAAGACUUGCUGCCGAAAAAAUUUGCAACUGGGGAAAGUCUUUCGGUUUACAGGGAUUUAUCAGAUUAGAGGUUGGAUACGAAAUGGUUUUAUGCGAUUUUCAUGAGAAUGUCGAAGUGAUUUCUAACAUUUCACUAGCGGCGGCAAAUGACUUAAUUAAAUUCCCUGCAGAGGAACUGAAAUAUGUUUCAGGGCCACAUAUGCCACAUCAAACACCUAAAGUUCCUCUGCCACCAAAUUACAAUUCCCUUUCUUAUAAUAGAUCAUUAUUAUUGAACCAUUUACAAGCAGUCUCUGGAUUUGAAUGGGUUCGAUCAGGUAGUUAUCAAGACCCCGGGGAAGAAAGAAUUUUUCUUGACUUUGCAAAUAUGAUCACUCCUUUAAAUAAAACGUUUAUCAACCCUGACAGUUACAUAAGGAAUAUUAGUUACAUAGCACAAAAUUUGAAAGAAGCUAUUAUUGAGGAUUUGGAAACAAUCUAUAAGACUCCUACUGAUCCAUUUUAUAAAACUAAUUGGCCAGUGGUAACAAAUCUAAUUACUUUAAAAUUUAGUCCAAUGCUUGUAAAUUUGAAUUCUUCAUUAUAUCAUAAAGACUCAAAGUCUGUUAGUGACAAUAUCCAAUUACUCACCUAUAACUUCAUUAGACGAUAUAUAAGUGAGGACGUGAAUUAUACGGAACAAAACAUGGAAGCUGCUUACAAAACUUGUGUCUUAGAUUAUGUUUGGUAUACUUACCCGUUGCAAGGAUCUGAUUAUUUAAUUUAUUCUUCCAUAUUCAAAGUACAUUCGGUGAUCAUUCGAUUGAUAUUUGACCUUUUUGAUGUUUCAAGAGAACUCACCUACCAGAUAUAUGUUAAUGAUAUUCAUAGGAAGUUUGACUGGAAGACUUUUCAAAUAAGGAUUGGUAAUUUGAUGAAGCUUUUAAAUUGGUCAGACUUUUAUCAAUGUUCACAAAAAUGUGGUUCUGAUGAAUUCUGUUAUACUCCAACAUGGGGCCCAUCUCCUUUUGGAUGGGGCCCACAGAGGAACCCAGAACUCUUUGAUCAUGAUGGACAAACCUAUAGAAUAAGACACGAACUAAAGUGUAUGAAUUAUAAAGAUAUAAUGACAGACAUUCCGUCUCUUAACUGA